AAGCCGUCAUAGCGAAAAAUGUUGUUAAGUUGACAACACUGGGGCACAUUCCUCUUUAAUCUUUGACCAAAAAAGUCAAAAACACGUGUAAACUAGCAUAUUGUGCGUUUUAUUAAAUUAAAAAUGGGUGUAAUUCAAAGAAUAAAGAAACCUACAACUCGAAAAGGUAAAAAAGUCUUACUGUCGAGAGAACCGAAAGCAAUUGAAGGGCCUAAGCAAUGUAUUUUCCUCCAAGCAAGAAAUCCAUCAGAGCGCGCUAGGAAAGUUUUAAAGGAUAUCUACACACUAAAGAAACCAGAUGCCGCAUUUCUUAGCAGAAAGAAUGAUUUUGUUCCAUUUGAAGACGCAACUGUUAUCGAGAAGUUAUGCUACAAAAAAGAAGCUGCACUAUUUGGUGUCAGUUCACACAGCAAGAAAAGGCCUCACAACAUAGUACUGGGGCGGACAUUCAACUACAACAUAUUGGACAUGAUAGAACUUGGUGCUGAUAACUUCAAAGCUAUGUCAGAGUUCCAUAACAUAAAAGUGUUGUCUGGUAUAAAACCAUGCUUACUAUUCAAUGGACCAGCUUGGGUUUUGAACCCAGAGUUAAAGAGAUUGAAGAAUCUGUUAACUGACUUCUUUUAUAGAGAAAAGGUUGAAACAAUAAGAUUGCAAGGUUUGGAGCAUGCAAUAAGCUUCACAGCAACUGACGAUGGCGUCAUUUACUUGCGAUCCUACAGAAUACUUCUGAAGAAAAGCGGUCAGCGCACUCCAAGGAUAGAACUAGAAGAAAUAGGACCAUCAAUAGAUUUCAAGUUACGUAGGACCAAGCUAGCCUCGGACGACUUGUGCAGAGAAGCCUGCAGAAUACCUAAAGAAGUCAAACCAAUUACCAAGAAGAAUCUGUCUACAGAUGCAUUCGGUACCAAGCUGGGUCGUGUCCAUAUGAGCAAACAGGAUAUCAACCGACUGCAGACUAGGAAGAUGAAAGGUCUCAAGAAAACUCCAGAAGAGAAGAAGAAAAUGCUGAUGAAGAAGAAACUCGCCAAGAAGGCAGCAAAGCAAGCGAAUUUGAUAAGUUCAUUGUGAAUAAAAGUGUUUUAAAUUUUAUU